AUGCAUGAGGGUAAAGAUUUGAAACGUUCCGUAUUUGGCAUUUCACAAAAACCACGUACAACACGCAUGGAACGUAUGGAACGUUAUUUGGAAGAAUACAAACAAAAAAAGGAUAUUGUUGAUAAGAAAGAAAAGGAAGAAAUGAAAAUAUCAAAAGAUGAAAGUGGUGAAACGACAAAAUCUAACAAAAGUAAGCAAUCAAGAAAACAGCGUAAAACGGCUGGCAGUUCGCCUGAUAGUGAAGAUAGUUCAACUUAUUUUAAAUCAACUGAUAAUGGAAGUACUGCAACUUAUAGUGAUAAGAAGAGCAAUGAAAGUGAUUUUAGUAGUGAAACAGAUGAAAGUUCAUCACCAACAUUCACAAGUACAGAUCAAUCUUUAUAA